AUGUCAACUGACUCUGUCACUAAUAGUAAAUCAUCUACAAGUAUACAUUCAUCUGUAUCAUCAUCAUCAUCAUCAAAAUUAUCUAAAAAAUCUUCAAUUGAUAUUGAUUAUUGGUCACGUUCAUUUCUUGCUCUUGUAUAUCCAGUUUCAUUUACUGUUAUUAUAUCUGCUGGUUUAUCAAUUUUUCUCUAUGAUCUCUAUAAAUACUCAAAUGUUUUCGAAGAUGCUGGUCUUAUAUCUACAUUAAAAGGACCUAAUGCUGCAUCCAUAUCUAAAAUAACAUGGGAAUCAUUUUUAAUUGCACUAAUUAUUAUUGGUAUCAUUGCAUUAGUGACAUGUCUUCUUGUUAUUUUUGUUUAUUAUGGUUGUAUGAAAUGUCUCUAUAUUUAUUUAUUUAUAACUGUUAUUUGUGUUUUUUCUCUUUUAAAUAUUUCUAUUCUAUCAAUGAUUAUUGCACAAUUAAAUUGUUCAAUUGAUUGGUUAACAAUUCUAUUUUAUAUUUAUAAUAUAUUAUCAAUUGCAAUUCUGUCAAUGUUUUGGUUAUCACCAGAUAUAAUCAAACAAAUCGUAACGAUUUAUCAAUGUAUUAUUAUGAUAUUAUAUGUACUUAAAAUAGCACCGGAAUGGAUUGCAUGGGCACUUUUACCAUUACUUGCUAUAUGGGAUAUGAUUGCUGUAUUACUUCCAUUUGGUCCACUUUAUUUAUUAAUUAAUUUAUUUCAAAAACGUAAACUUCAAGUACCAUCAAUGAUGAUUUAUACAACUGGUAUAUGGUUUAAAAAUCAAAAUAUGAAUAAUUUACCACGAAAAAAAUCUUUAAUAUCAUCAUUUCAAUAUUGGUCAAGUUUAAAUUUACUUUUUAUAUCACCAAAUACUUUAACUUAUUUCUAUAAAGAAAAAAUUGAUAAGAAUAAUAAUAAAAAUACAAAUGCUUCAUCUAAUAAAUCAUCAAGAAAAAUGAAAACACGUAAAUCAAUGUUAGGCUUAGGAGAUUUUAUAUUCUAUUCAAUACUUCUAUCAAAAACAGUUUUUACAUCUGAAUGUAAUAUAUUUGCUAUUAUUAUUGUAUAUUUAUGUAUUAUAAUGGGUAUGCUUGGUACAACUAUUGUUCUUCUUAUAUUAAAUCGACCAUUACCUGCUUUACCUAUUUCAUUAUUAAUUGGUUUAGCAGCAUUUUUUCAUUAUAAUCAUAUUGGAAAUCAAUUUGCUGAUGUUCUUCGUUUACCAACAGGACCAAUUAUUAUAUAA